GCGUCAGGUGGCUGAGUGGUGAAUAAACCAUAUCUUCUGUCAACGUUUCAAGAACAAUCUCUGCUCUCAUCCUUAGGGCUGCUAUGUAAUAAGUCUGAUCCUUUGUAGCAUGCUUGCCGAUGGUAACUGCAGUUCGUGAGUGCACUACAAGGGUUUAUAUUUGUUAUGCAGCAGUCCCGAGGAUGAGAGCAGAGAUUUUUCUUGAAACGUUGGCGGAAGAUAUGGUUUAUUCACCACUCAACCACCUGAUGUGGCCCGUAAUCCGAGAGUCUUUCCUCAAUCAUGUGCAUGUAAUGCUGCACUCAUGCAGUAAUAAUGGUAGAAGUGGGUAAGCAACUGGUCAUGAGACAAGUAACAAAAGUGAGGAAUACAGAGCUUGAAGAUUUCUGUCUUCUGGGUUGUUGCGCCGUGUAGUCUGGUCGAUGCUAACCAACGUUUCAGAGGUCAUACUGCCUCCGUCAUCAGGGUGAUGAAUAUGCCAAUAGGGUGUGUGGGGCUAGGUUUAUAGGGCCGGAAUGUGAGAGGUGUAGCCUGCCCCGAGCCAAUGGGAGCGCGUGGGCGAGUGUGGGAGAGCUAGAUGACUGGACAUACAGUGUUACCACAUGUCAUGAGGGUGGAUAAAGACAACACUGUCCUGUAAAGUAAGGAGGCAUAGAAGUGGCUUCCAGUUCUGACAUUAACUGUUAUGAACCCUGUGACAAAAUCUAUUGACUGUUGAAGUACUUUUGUCAAGGUGAAAUACACAACAAAGUGCAUGCCACAACUGACAGAUGAGAGCUUUGUUCUGGCUAGGUGUAAUUAGAAGAGAAUAUAAGAACAUUGGUGACAACACAGUAAGUACCUGUACUCCAUCCUUUUGGAUCCACAUACCUUUGUGAAAUUGCCAUAAUGACCUACUUUAAAGUACACAGAUAAGCAGACUGGAUGCUGAAGAUUCACUGUGCCUCAUCAUCAGCAAGCCACCUCUUUGUAUAAUGAAGGCGUAAUUCUAAAUGUCACAUUAAUGAAUUCAAUUCAGCCAGUAUUAUCCAACUUAGAUUCUGUCUUUGGUGGUCACAACAUAUAAAUAAACAGAGAUAAAACAGAUGAGUCUGUAAGUGGUCAAGAACUUUGUGAAAAGAAAAUAAGCUCUGGUGAACUAAAUUCUUCCCAUGAGAAGAUGUCAGAAUCUGUAUCAUUGGAAUCACUAAACUCAGGAAGUAGUUCUGGUGACCAUCACAUAGGAAUAAAUAAAGACCAGCCCACAAUAAGUGCUCAUCAUAGAAGAACUACAUUAUUGAAACCUGAAAUGUACAAUAAUGAAGCAGAAUUUAAUGAACAGAUGUCAUUUAAGAAUAAUGAAAUUCCUGUAGGAGAACCUGGCGAAGAUAACUUGGCAAGUAUGUCACAAAACGGAGGUAGUGGAUUCUGGAAUUGCCAUUUCUCAGACUAUAAAAGUGCUGCACACAGAUUCAUGAUUUGGAUGUCACAUCUUUGUGUAUUUGUUUAUGUCAUAUCUGCAAUUAUAUUUUGGAAAUUUCAAGAGGACCGUUGUUUGAAAUGGUGUGAUGGACUAGGGAUGCUUAUCAUUAUUGUGGUGCUUAUAUAUUCUGGACUUGCAUAUUUCCACAUAAAAAGUCAUUAUGGAAAUGCCUUGUAUAAUAAUGUUUUUAAACUAGUGCAUAGGUGGUUGAAUCCUGCAAUGGAACAUAGAUACAGAAAGACAGUGAUAUGCUUCUUGCCAUUCAUUGCAAUAGGUGUGUUUCUUGGUAUUGAUACUAUUGGAGACAGUGAAAGACUUAUAUCAUGUCUUGGUAUAGUUGUGAUCAUGGGUCUGGGAUUUAUAUUCUCAAAAUCUCGUUCACAGAUACAAUGGUAUCCAGUCUUAAGUGGUCUACUUAUCCAGUUUUUACUUGGUCUGGUCACCAUUCGUUGGUCUAUUGGUCGCAAUAUCUUCCACUGUAUUGGUGACAGAGUAGUUGUAUUCCUUGACUAUAGCAAUAUGGGAGCAAGAUUUGUUUAUGGCAGUGAUCUCAUUGAUAAAGGCAUAUUUGCAUUUCAGCAAGAUGGGGCUCCGCCACACUACCACCGCCUCGUCUGCGGCUACUUCAAUCAGCAUUUGCCACAACGUUGGAUUGGACGCAUGACUGUCAAUGACCAUGCGCUGCUUUGUUGGCCACCCCGAUCACCUGACCUGACACCAUGUGAUUUUUUCUUAUGGGGGUCCACAUUCAUAAAUUACAACAUUUGCUCACUCCCAUCUAAAGAUGAUACUAAACUCAGGAUAGAAACAUUCAGACUUAUCUUUGACUUAACAUAUUUGUCAAUGUCAUCUGUAUUUUUUCUGAGCUUAGUGGUGCAUAUUUUGUACUAUUACGGUAUCAUGCAAUGGAUUGUCAUAAAGAUUGGAUGGCUUAUUCAAGUCUUAAUGGGAACCACUGUCUGUGAAUCAGUCAACGCAGCUGCAUCUGUCUUUCUUGGCAUAUCCCAGGGACCUCUGUUGUUGAAACCAUAUCUCAACGAUCUUACAAAGUCUGAGAUGCAUGCCAUAAUGACAGCAGGUUUUGGUACUAUUGCUGGUACAGUUUUUGCAGCAUAUAUUAAUUAUGGAAUCUCAUCUGCUCACCUCAUAACAGCAUCAGUUAUGUCUGCUCCAGCUGCCCUGUGUUAUUCUAAACUCUUAUAUCCUGAAACAGAAGAGAGCAAGAACAAAGCUGAAAACAUUACACUAGAAAAGGGUGAUGAAUAUGGUGUGCUGGAUGCAGCUACGAAAGGAACAAUGACUGCUCUCCAACUAGUGCUAGCAAUUAUUGCCAAUAUUAUUGGAUUUCUUUCAUUUAUUACAUUCGUGAAUGGUGUUCUCUCCUGGCUUGGCAUACUUGUGGGCAUAGAAGGAUUAACGUCUGAGUAUCUUAUGGGGAAAGUUCUUAUCCCAUUGGCGUGGGUGAUUGGUGUAGAAUGGAAAGAAUGUGAGGAUGUCGCUCAACUCAUUGGAGUGAAGACUGCAAUAAAUGAGUUUGUAGCUUAUGGGCAGCUUGGGAAACUUAAGUUGGACAAGAAACUUUCGCCACGAUCAGAAAUGAUAGCAACAUAUGCUCUUUGUGGAUACUCAAAUUUUGGUGCAAUUGCUAUUUCAAUUGGAUCUUUGAUACCAUUGGCUCCCAGUCAGAGGAAAGUUAUAACUGAAGUAGCAUUUCGAGCUUUCAUUGCGGGCAGUGCAACCUGCUUUCUUACUGCUUGCAUAGCUGGAAUGCUAAUGCCAAGUCACUACGUCCUUGAUAACACUACGCAAGUUCAUAAUGCAUCAACUGAAGUGCCAUAAUUUAUAAAUGAAUUUCAUUUCACUGAAUAUGAAUAAAAAGAACAAGAAUAUGAAACACUUUGAUUGAAAACCAUGAAAAGGAAGAGUAAAGUAAGAAGUUGAUUGUACUAUUUGGGGUUUUCACAGUGCUGAGUCUGAAGAUGGCUGUCUUCAGGGUUGUUGACCCAUGUAGUCUGGUAGAAGUUUACCAAUGAUCUUUAACGUAAAUACAGCAGAAAAUAACACACACAUAUAUCUUACAUCAAAUAUUUUAUUUUGGUAUUGCAUAACAAAAAAUACUACCAAGAAUGUUGAUUUCCCAUACACAAAAAUUAAAUGCACUAGCUUUUGAAAGGGAAGUGGAGGGAUUUUAAAUAUUCAACAAAAAUCUAUGAAAAAUAUGGCAGGUGUGUUACUCAAACAGUAUUAAAGUAAUUCAACAACCAAAUGUUUGAAAAUAUUACAGGCAGGCACAUGAAAACCAGAUUUAUAUCUGAAACCAUACAUAUAAGAUAGGAACUGCAUUCUUUCCUUCCUGCAAUCUCACCAUAACCCCCAAGUUAACCUAAAAUCAGGUGUUUUAGGUAAUGUCUUUAUAAACUGCAAUGGCAUACUAAAUCAUAAUACAGGAAGCAAGUACAUUCACUAAGUAAUUCCAGGUACAGUUUCAUACAGAUAAAAUAUAAUCUUAACAGUUAGUAAUAAUUAAUUUAAUAUAUAAGCUUCAAAGUACCUUGAUAACUGUUUACUAACCAUGUGAUAUGGUAACUGAUAACCAUAUUCUCUACUUAUCUAAUCAUUACUUUAAAGCUGUUAAAAUUUUCUUACAGAUGUUUCCAAGGACAUAUUAUAAAUUGUUAUGUACAUUAGGAAAUAAUACCAACAAUUGCACAUUUUUUAUUUUAGUACUAAUACCACUUCACUGAUAAGAAAGAGGGAAUUUCUGUUUUUGUAACAAGCACUUUUGCUGUUCUGAGAGACAUUCAUGACAUGGCAUACAUAAGAAAAUAGGUGACCAGAUAAAUGUGCACAUGAUAAAAGCUCACAUGAAAAUUCAGCACAGAAGAAAGCCCACUGUUAUAAAUGCUCACACGGAUGAAUGCCCACACUGAUAAAUGCUCACAUGGAAGCAGAAUUUUUACUAAGCAGGGGCAAGAAUUUUCCCUCCUUAAACUGCAAGCACAUGAACUAUGGGGAUACAUCUAACCUCCUUUCUAAUGGGUAACCUUUCCUCAAGAGCAUAAUGGUUGGAAUGUGAAGCUGAACAUUAUCUCCAUCUAAUGCUGAAGUUAAGAAUGUAUGGACUUUUACCUUCACUCUUCCAUAUUUCAUACAAGCACAGGGACAAGUUUAUAAUUACUUUUGUUAAUGUAAUCUGUAUACCAUGCUAUUCUCUUAAAGGUGUUGUACAAAAAGAGAAACUGGGUAAUAUUAAAAUACCAAGAAUCUGAAAAAUGGUGGAUUAUCAGUUAUAGCAUAUGAUAUAUUGCACCUAUGAAAGAACCUUUUAAAUGUUACUUGUCUCAAGAAAUACUGAAUCACUUAAGCUUUCAGAAGGAUAACUACUUGCAGGAUAAACAGCUACAGUUAUUAUGACCCAUGUCAGUGUUAUGAAUAUAUCUGAACUCCAAGGUCACUAAAAUUAACUCUCUAAAUAUUACAACCCCUUAUUUGAGCACCAAAAUUCAUAACUCAAUAGUUCCAUUAUUUGUUUUAUUUUCCAUCUCUUUUAAUCUUAAGAAGCAAAUUAACAUAUUUGAGCAUUCAUGAACUGGGUGAAUUGUUCUACUUAACCUAAGGAAACCAUCUUAAGGACUAUCUAAUACAGAAAUUGUGGUCCCUCUGCAAAAGAACUAUAUUAUUUUUGUAAUCUAAAAUUCAUGGCUUACUGAUAAAUUAAAGUCCUUCACUUCACACAGAUUUUGUUACUGGGUAUUUCCCCAUUGUUUCUCUCAAAGCUGCCCAAAUAAGAUGAAUAAAAACUUAAUUAAAAUGUAUAGAUCUUUAAUUAAAGUAAUCUUUUGUACCUUAAUUUUGUUAUAAAUGCUUAAAAUAUUAAUUUUUUCACAA